AUGUGUGUACCAGCAGACCUGGGACAAGCUGUAAAAUUGUGCAGAAGUCAUCAUUGUGAAAAGCUUUGCCUUCAGGGCGUGCCCGUGGCUUAUGACAACAUCAAAGUGGUGGGCGAGCUCAGGGGCAUUUACGACAACCAAGUGUUCAUCCACCUGAACAUCGAGGGGGACUUCAUCAUCUUCAGCCCUAAGAAAGGGAAAAAACUGGUGUAUGUAAUUAAUAAAGUAGCCUCUAGUCAUCGUGGCUGCCUGAUACAUGGAUGCUUCAAUGUUUCUAUUCCCAAACCUGAACAAAUGUUGAUUGUACAGUGGCAAGAGCUGGGGUUAAAAAUAGGGGAUGAACUGAAAUUUGAAGUAUUGCAUUUGGAUUCCUAUGCAGCUGGGGUGUUCUUCAUUCGAGGAGGACUCACUAAGAGCAGCAUGAGGCCAAAAAAACCUGAGACCAUCACUAACAGUACAAAUGGAGAUGAAAUUCCAAAGCUUGACCACCAGGAAAAUAGCUUCAAUGACUCUGAGGGAGGUAAUGUCACACAGCAGCUUCUAGGUGAAACAGAUAACACUGGGAGGGAAAAUGGAGAAGAGCAGAAUGUUGAUGCUAUGAAUGGAGUAUGUGAUGAUAAAAACAAGAAGAAGAAGAGAAAGCAUAAGCAGGAAGAACCGGAACAUGUAUUGCCUACUAGUGACUCCAGUAGUUACCAAAAUUAUCAUAAAAAAUCAAAGAAAAAGAAAAGAAAGCAUUGCGGUGAAGUUGAAGAAAGCGAAUUAUCUCAGAUGUCACAAGAGCCCAAAGCUAAAAAGAAAAGAGAGUAA